AGAAUAGCCAUUUCUCCCUUUUCUCCUCUGCGAUCGCGAUGCACGAAACAGAGUUGCAUGACCUCUCCGACGAUUCAGAUUAUGCCGCUGCUUCCCAAUACGCUGUACGCAUCGACAGAUCGGUCUCCGGCUAAUCGGUUCGACGAGCAUGAUGAGGAUCGAUUCGGGGAAGAGCGUCGCCAGCGAAUCUGGUCCAAUGGAGGUCGUUUAUUUGAAAGACAACGUGGCGAUCCACCCCACGCAGUACGCCUCAGAGCGCAUCACCGGGCGAUUGCUUCUUUUUAAGCAAGGACCAUCCUUGUUCCUGUCGUGGAUACCUUAUAAGCCAAGCACGGAUGCGGGGGCUGACUCUUUGUGGCAAGGUUCAAGCUCUAUAUCACCGGAAAAAGAUAGGAAUCUGUACACAGUUAAGUCACUUCCCCUGAGUGAUGUGCAUUCCAUUCGGAGGCACACUCCAGCUCUUGGCUGGCAAUAUGUAAUCGUGGUUCUUGCAUCAGGGCUUGCAUAUCCUCCUUUUUAUUUCUACAGUGGUGGGGUUCGUGAAUUUCUCGCUACUUUGAAGCAACAUGUUUUUAUCGUGAGGUCUGUUGAUGAUGCAAAUGUUUUUCUCGUUAAUGAUUUUCAGGACCCCCUUCAGAGGACACUUUCAUCUCUAGAGCUGCCAAGAGCAUCUUUGCACAAACCAAGCAAUUCAUUUUCUUCGCUUGAUGAUUCAGAGAUAGUAAAUGGAGCUAACUAUGGUGGUACUUCUUCUAGUGUUUCUGAGUAUACUAGGCGUCCAAAAAAGUCUCAUGAUCCUGCUCGAGAUAUCUCAAUUCAAGUCCUAGAGAAAUUUUCUCUAGUCACCAAGUUUGCCCGAGAAACAACUUCUCAUCUAUUCCGAGAAAAUCAUGGUGAUUUCCUUAAUGCUCAUGAUAAAAAACAUGAAAUUGAGUAUGUAUCUCUUAACCCAGCAAUUAGUCCAGUUGAUGACGAGAAAAAAACUACAAAUGCGGUCCAGGUGGAUGCAGAUCCUUUGGAGUUUGAGAAGUUACCUCUUAUUUGGGGAAAACAAAGAAAAGACCCCUUGUCCCUUCAGGAGUGGGAGUCUUUCUUUGAUUUUGAAGGACGAAUUAUUGAUUCAAAGGCACUAAAAGAGAGAAUAUUCUAUGGCGGAGUUGAACACAAUCUACGAAAAGAGGUAUGGAAAUUCUUGCUCGGAUACAACGAAUGUGAUUCAACAUAUGCUGAGAGAGAAUACCUUGCUUCAGAAAAGAAGUCCGAGUAUGAAAUGUUAAAGUCCCAGUGGCAGAGCAUCUCUGCUGCACAAGCCAAAAGAUUUUCUAAAUUUAGGGAACGGAAAGGUCUAAUCGACAAGGAUGUGGUGAGGACAGACAGAUCUGUUGCGUACUUCGAAGGGGAUGAUAAUCCAAAUGUUAUGGUUUUGCGUGAUAUACUAUUGACAUACUCUUUUUACAACUUUGACUUGGGUUACUGUCAGGGAAUGAGUGAUCUUCUUUCUCCGAUAUUGUAUGUCAUGAAGGAUGAGUCCGAGUCCUUUUGGUGUUUCACAGCAUUGAUGGAACGGUUGGGGCCCAAUUUUAAUCGUGAUCAGAGUGGAAUGCAUUCCCAAUUGUUUGCCUUAUCUAAGCUUGUGGAGCUUUUGGACAGUCCUUUGCACAACUACUUUAACAAGAAAGAUUGUUUGAAUUACUUCUUUUGUUUCCGUUGGAUUCUUAUACAGUUCAAAAGGGAAUUUGAAUAUGAACAAAUUUUACAAUUGUGGGAGGUUUUGUGGACGCAUUAUUUGUCCGAGCAUCUUCACUUGUACAUGUGCGUAGCAAUCCUGAAGAGACACCGAAAUAAAAUCAUGGGCGAGCAGAUGGACUUCGACACACUCCUAAAGUUUAUUAAUGAACUCAGUGGCAGUAUCGAUCUGGACUGGACGAUCAGAGAGGCCGAGGCAUUGUGUGCCUGUGGCGGAGAGAAUGGAGCCGCAUGCAUUCCGCCAGGAACCCCUCCAUCCUUGCCGAUCGAAACAGAUAUGGGACUUUACCCUCAGGAAGACGAAGUAUUGUAGAAUAUAUUUCCUUCCCUUGGUCAUUUUUUUUUUCUUUUUAUUUUUUCCAUCACAAAUGAAACAUGAUAAUUGAAGGCCUCAAUUACCCCAUUGGCGCAUGUGUUUGUAUUGUGUAUAACUAGAUAUCUUGCCUUCGAGAAACUAUAUAUUGCGUAUUUGCUUA